GUGAGCGGGGAGGAGUGUUUCCACCUGGCUCUCCAGAUUUCGACACAUUCACACACACUCGCGCUCAUAACUGACACAGUGCCGCACGGGGACACUCGAGACGCACACCAGUCGACAUGAAGUGGACAGCAGUUUUCGCCGUGGCCGCAGCGCUGGUGUGUCUCGCCCCGGCAGAAACAGCGCGCGCCGACUGUCCUCCAGGAUGGGAUAACGUGAACGACGAGACAGAAGCGGUUUUGUGUUUCCACUUCAGGCGCGCCAAGGCCACGUGGGACGCUACGCUGAGUUACUGCAACGCGUUAGGGGGCAUCCUGGCUAAGCUGACGGAUACCUUGCAUCAGAAGAUAUUGAGACACAUUGGCGAGGAGAGCGAGGCUUUCUGGAUAGGAGGAACCGACCUAUCUGUGGAAGGAAGGUGGGUCUGGGUGAACGACGGCUCUGAAAUUCCCAAGGGCCCACCGCACUGGUUCCUCUGCGACAAUGAGCCACAAGGAGGAUCCAAGAAGAACUGUUUGUGCCUCUUCCCGCCAGACUUCUACUUCCAUGCCUGUACCUGCGAUCACCUCUACUACGGGAUCUGCCAACUCUGAGCGCUCGCCGAAGGGAAUGCGUGAAACUAUUGGAAACUGAGGGGUUCGUUGAUAAAGAAACACCGGAACAACUAACGAACCUACACCAUACAACUGUACACUCUUGCUGUCUUUCCUUCUCCCCCACCUGUACCUUCGCCACUAACCCACUUCCUCUUCUUACGAUACCCUUGAUUAAAAAAAAAUAAAAUAAAAAAAA